CCCAGCUCCACCUUCUGCAGCCACAGGGACCACCUGCGGGCAGCUGUGCCCGCAGCUCAUGCAUCUCCCUGUACUGGGCAUCGGCGGGGGUGGCCCCUACUCCUAGUCCCCAGCGGCGGGUGGCCAGCCGUUUGGCAGGAUGCCGUGCUUCAGAGGGGAGUACCUGGUUUCUGCAGAGGAAAGCCCGAGACAGAGAGAGUGGAGACCCCAGAUUUAUAGAAAAUGCACAGACCCAGCUUGGUUAAUCCUGUUCUUUCUCUUUUGGGUCGGUUUGACAUUCAUCAUGGGCUAUUCCGUGAUAGCUGGAGCUGCCGGAAGGCUGGUGUUUGGCUAUGACAGCUAUGGGAAUGUGUGUGGCAAGAAGAACUCCCCCGUGGAAGGGGCCCCUCUUUCUGGACAGGACAUGACCGGAAGGAAGCAUGUAUUCUUCAUGAAUUCCUGUGAUCUGGAAACCAAAGACCUCAAAAUCAAUUCCAUUGCUCUCUGCGUAUCCAGCUGUCCAGAAGAGCAAUUAGACACUCUGAAAGAUGUUGAGCUUUUCGCCAAGAACAAUGGUUCCUUCCUUUGUGUUUAUAAUUUGAAUUCUGUCAACUACACCCAGAGUCCAAGUGCUGCCUCCUUGUGUCCCAGGCUUCCUGUUCCACCAAGCAAAUCUUUCCCUUUGUUCAAUCGCUGUGUCCCUCAAACCCCUGAGUGCUACUCCCUGUUUGCAUCUGUUUUGAUCAAUGAUGUGGACACCCUCCAUCGAAUCCUAAGCGGCAUCAUGUCAGGGAGAGACACAAUGCUCGGCCUGUGUAUCCUCGCAGUAGCCUUGUCUCUGACCAUGAUGUUCACCUUCCAAUUCAUCACCACCCUCCUGCUUCAUAUUUUCAUUUCCUUGGUUGUUUUGGCCCUCUUACUUGUCUCCGGUGUGUUAUGGUGGCUUUAUUAUGACUAUAUCAAUGACCUCAGCAUCGAACUGGACACUGAAAAGGAAAACAUGAAAUGUUUACUGGGAUUCGCUAUUGUCUCCACAGUGAUCGCGGUGGUUCUGCUCAUACUGAUUUUUGUUCUCAGAGAGAGGAUCCAGUUGACAGUCGACCUUUUCCAAGUAACAAGUAAAACUAUCAGAAGUUCCCCUUCCCUGCUCCUCCAGCCACUUUGGACAUUUAUAAUUCUCAUUUUCUUCUGGGUGCUGUGGGUUGCUGUCCUGCUGAGUUUAGGAACUGCAGGUACUGCAGAGGUGACGACAAGGGGACACGUGGAAUAUAAACUUAUUUCUGGCAUUCGAUAUAUGUGGUGGUACCAUUUAAUUGGCCUUAUCUGGACUAGUGAAUUUAUCCUGGCCUGCCAGCAAAUGACCAUAGCUGGGGCAGUGGUCACCUGCUAUUUCAACCGAAAUGCCACUGAAUUUGCAAGGAGAUCAUAUUUCCAUGUACUUCCCAACACAGCUGGUCUUGUGAGUAGACAGGUCGGGGAACUGACUACACAUUAUGUGAUGUCCUUUUGCCUAAGAAAUAAAAGUGACCCUCCUCGGCGCCCCAUCCUUUCAUCCCUGGUCACUCUUUUUAACUAUCAUCAAGGAACAGUUGUAAAGGGGUCCUUUCUAAUCACCAUGGUGAGGAUUCCGAGAACUGUUUUCACAUACCUCUCUAACACCCUGAAAGAAAAGGAAGAGAGCACCUGUGCAAAGUACACGCUCAAGUACUGCUCAUCCUGUUUUGGGUGCCUGGACAAGUGCCUGAGCCAUCUAAACCAGAAUGCCUAUAUUGCCACUUCAAUCAAUGGGACAGAUUUUUACACUUCUGCACGGGAUUCGCACAAUAUUUUAUCCAAGAAUCCAGGCCAUAUUGCCUCAGUUAGCUGCUUUGGAGACUUUAUGAUUUUUCUAGGAAAGAUAUUUGUGGUAUACUUCACUGUCUUUGGAGGACUAAUGGCCUUUAACUAUCAUCGUGAGCUGCAAGUAUGGGCAAUUCCUUUGUUAUUAGUGGCUUUUUUUGCCUAUCUAGUAGCCCACAAUUUCCUGUCAGUGUUUGAAGCUGUGCUAGACACCUUGCUUCUGUGUUUUGUCAUUGACAUGGAAACAAAUGAUGGAUCGCCGGAGAAACCCUACUUUAUGGAUCAAGAGUUAAUGAGCUUCAUGAACAGAAGCAACAAAUUAAUUGAUGCAAAGACAAGAAGAAACAGAAAGUCACUAACGAAUGAAGAUGGAACAGAACUCCAGCCCAUUGUGAGAUAGGAGACAUUUCCUUACUGUCCAGCGUUUGAGCCUCUCUUGGAGGAACAUUAUUACUUUCAGUCCUUGUGUCUUUUGCAAAAUAAAUUUUUAGAUACGACUGAC